AUGUCGGACCAUCAAGAAAACGACGACGCCGUCCACCAGAUCGACGUCCAGAACAAGAGACUUCUCCACGCAGCGAGGACGGACGAUCUUGAUCUGCUGCAAGAGAUCAUCUCCUCCGGCGCCUUUGAUGCCAACCACAGCGAUGGAGUAGGGCGCAAUGCUCUCCACUACGCUGCUGCCCAACAGUCGACACAAGUCCUACCUGAGAUCCUCAACCUGGAAAUCGAUGUCGACUAUCAGGAUCGCACCAACGCCGAUACACCGCUGCAUGCUGCUGUCAACGUCGAUAUUCCAGACGGUGAAGCGGCAAAGGAGGUGGAAGAGAUCAGGAACUGGAUCGUCAACGAGCUAUUGGAAGCAGGUGCAGACCCAACAAUUCCCAACAAAGACGGCGACUUGCCAGCAGACCUCCUCUCCUAUGGCACCAAAUCACGAUCGCAGCUCGGCCAAGACCUGGUCGCAAGAUUGAAGAGAGGUCAGGCUGAGAUGCAGAUCAGCGCGGGCGAUAUUGCCAAUGACGAUGACGUUGCUGAUGAUGGCGAAGGAAGCGAAGGCACACCAUCAGAAGAGUAA